UUGAAUUCAUUGAUGAUGCUGCUACGCUACCUUGUAAGUCAAGCAACAAUAACAAAUCCAAUCUUAACACAAACUCACUCUCUCACACACUCAACAUUGCAAUUUGGCUUUCAUUAAUCCGCAGAAACUAAAGGCUAAUCCAGAACAGAGGAGUCGUUCGUUGCGAAACACCAUGCACGAGCACGCUGUGGAGUUCGAGGACCUUCCUUUCCCCUUCGCUCCAAACUUAUCGGAAUCGGAGAUCCGGGAAACGGCCUAUGAGAUGCUCGUGGGGGCUUGCCGGAGUUCGGGGCCGAAGCCGUUAACGUUCUUCUCUCACUCUGAGCAGUCUAACCGAGGAGGUCAGCGGAUUCCGUCGCCGUCAUUGUACAGGUCGCUGACUGUAACGGCGUCGAGUAAGGUGAAGAAGAAGCUGGGUCUGAGAUUGAGAACGACGUCGUCGUCGUCGGGGAAUAGAAGGGCAGCCACCACGGGGGAGUUGAUGAGAGUGCAGAUGAAGGUUUCGGAACUCACUGACACUAGAGUCAGGCGUGCCCUCCUCAGAGUAGCUGCAGGCCAGCUUGGAAGACGAAUAGAAUCGAUGGUUCUGCCGCUAGAGCUAAUACAACAGCUCAAGUGCUCAGAUUUUCCUAGUGAACAAGAGUACGAGGCUUGGCUAAGGAGGAAUUUGAAGGUUCUCGAAGCAGGACUCCUCUUGCAUCCUCGCCUGCCAUUGGAUAAGGCAGAUACUAGUGCACUGCGCCUGCAACAGAUAAUCCAUGAAGGCCUUGAGAAGCCUAUGGACAUUGGAAAAGACAGUGAAUCAAUGCUUGCACUUCGCAGUGUUGUUAUGUCUCUUGCUUGGAGGUCAUUUGACGGGUCUGUUCCCGAUACAUGCCAUUGGGCUGAUGGGUUUCCACUGAACCUUAAAAUCUACCAAACUCUGUUAGAAGCAUGUUUCGAUAAUCAUGAUGAAACCUGUGUGAUACAAGAGGUUGACGAGGUCUUGGAGCUCAUUAAGACGACCUGGGCUAUGCUUGGAGUGAAUGAGAUGCUGCAUGAUGUUUGUUUUUCCUGGGUCUUAUUUCAACGGUAUGUUGCCAAUGGUCAAGUGGAUAACGAUCUUUUGUUUGCAUCGAGUAAUCUGCUGGCAGAAGUUGAGAAAGAUGCCAAGGCGAUGAAGGAUCCGUUUUACGCAAAAUCCUUGAGCUACGCAUUGAAUUUGAUGUUAAGUUGGGCAGAAGAAAGACUCCUUGCAUACCAUGAUACUUUCCAUAAUGGUAACAUUGAAUCAAUGCAGAGUGUUGUUUCUCUUGCAGUAUCGUCAGCAAAAAUAUUGGCAGGAGAUAUCUCUCUUGAGUGUAAUAAAGAAGCUGAUGUAUCCUGCACCAAAGUCGAAAAUUAUAUUACAUCAUCAUUGCAUGCUGUUUUCCAGAAAUUGGAGAAACUGGAUCCCCGCAACAGCAAGCAUGUACCUAGACAACAGGAUAAAGUCUUUCCAACUCUCUCCGUUCUUGCACGAGACAUCAGCGAACUGGCUUUUAAUGAGAAGGCAACAUUUAGUCCCAUACUGAAGAGGUGGCAUCCACUUGCGGCUGGUGUUGCUGUUGCUACCCUUCAUGUUUGUUAUGGUCAUGAGGUGAAGCAAUACGUCAAGAGUGUUACAGAGUUGACUCCUGAUGCUGUAGAAAUGCUGAUGGCUGCUGACAAAUUGGAGAAAGAUCUGGUACAGAUAGCAGUGGAAGAUUCAGUUGACAGUGAAGAUGGUGGAAAAUCUGUUAUAAGGGAGAUGUACCCUUAUGAGGCUGAAGCUCUAAUUAUCAAUCUGGUCAAGUCAUGGAUCAAGACCAGAGUGGAAGGACUGGAGGAGUGUGUUGACAGAAAUCUACAAGAAGAGGUAUGGAAUCCACGUGCAAAUAAAGAGUGCUUUGCUCCUUCUGCUCUUGAAAUUCUAGGAAUCAUAGAAGACUCUCUGGAAGCGUUCUUUCUGUUGCCAAUACCCAUGCAUGCAGCUUUGCUUCCUGAAUUGAUGUCUGCUCUUGAUAAAUCUCUCCAACAAUACCUUUUGAAGGCCAAAUCUGGCUGUGGGAACCGCAAUACUUUCAUCCCAAUCAUGCCAGCUUUGACUCGGUGUUCGGCAAGAUCAAAAUUUCAUGAUGUUUUCAGGAAAAAAGAAAAGUCACAAGCGACUGAUCAGAGAAGGAUAUUUCAUCAUGGAACUACAAACGUAGACAGCUCAUUUGGAUUACCCCAGUUUUGUGUUCGCAUAAAUACCAUGCAGCGCAUUGGCAUGGGACUAAAGGUUUUGGAAAAGAGGACAGUUGCCCGUCUUGGGAAUUCUAAAUCAACAAAAGAGGAUGGUAUAGAGAAGGGGUUGAAGUUCAAGCUUUCUAAAGCUGCAUCUGUGGAAGGUAUCCGUCAACUCUCCGAGGCCAUGGCAUACAAAGUGAUUUUCCAGGAUCUGCGUUAUGUUCUUUGGGAUGGCCUGUAUGUUGGUGAAGUUUCAUCCACGAGAAUUGAGCCUUUUCUUGAGGAGCUUAACCAAUGCUUGAAGAUUAUAUUGUCUACGGUGCAUGAUAGAGUCCUAACGCAUGUAAUUACUGAGGUGAUGAAGGCUUCUUUUGAUGGGUUCUUGUUGGUUUUGUUAGCUGGGGGUCCAGCACGUGCUUUCUCCCUUGAAGACCAUGUUAUAAUAGAGGAAGACUUUAAGCUUCUGACUGAUUUGUUCUGGUCCAAUGGAGAGGGUUUACCUGCUGAUCUGAUAGAAAAGCAUUGUACCACUGUUAAAGAAGUGCUUCCCCUGUUCCGCAUGGAUACUGAGGACUUGACUGAGCUAUUCAGUGAGCUUAUUCUGGGAAUGUAUGGCUCUUCAGCCAAGUUCCACUUGCCAUUGCCCACAACAUCUGGUCAUUGGAGUCCAAGAGAACCAAACACUCUUCUGCGAAUUUUGUGUCAUCGAAGCGAUGACGCAGCAGCUAAGUUCCUUAAAAAGAACUACAACUUGCCCAAGAAGUCUAACCGCUAAUAAAUGCGACAGACACGGUAUGACGCAUACAUAAUGCUAUUAAUCAACGAAUAACAUAAGGGAAGAAACCUAUUCGUUCACUUGCCGCAGAAGAUGUGCCACGAUCCUCUUAAUGACGACCCAAGUAUUUGUAAAUUGUUAUUAGUAAUUGUUUGUUUUGAUCAUUUUCUCUGGUAAAGCCCUUUCAUAUUUUCUUUCCCCUCCAAAUGACUUGAGAUAGGAAGUUUGAAAGACUAACGUGGCAAAAUUAUAAUCUUGAAAAAGUAAGUAGAUGAUUUAUCUAUUUUUGGUGUUUAUAUUCUCUAAAUAA